CGUCUCUAACACUAUAUGUGCGUUUAUGAUGCUUUAUUUGUAGAAUCUUCAAUAUGGGAUGCUCUCUUUGACACAAUUCUCAUACAGAUACGUGAUGCAAUUGAGUAUGAAAAAGUGGUCAACAAAACCAUAAAAAUCUACAAUGUCGAUCGUGCUGUUUGUGGCCGUAUAGCUGGUGUGGUUGCAAAGAAGCAUGGGGACGCAGGUUUUGCAGGGCAGCUCAACAUAACAUUUACAGGAAGUGCUGGGCAAUCAUUUGCAUGUUUCUUGACUCCUGGGAUGAACAUUCUACUUGUUGGAGAGGCCAACGACUAUGUUGGAAAGGGUAUGGCUGGAGGUGAGUUGGUCGUAACUCCUGUUGAUGAUACUGGGUUCUGUCCAGAAGAUGCAACUAUAGUCGGGAACACCUGUCUCUAUGGGGCAACUGGUGGUCAAGUUUUUGUCAGAGGAAAAGCUGGGGAACGUUUUGCUGUGAGGAACUCACUUGCUGAAGCAGUGGUAGAGGGAACUGGAGACCAUUGUUGUGAGUACAUGACUGGAGGUUGUGUGGUUGUACUAGGAAAAGUGGGAAGAAAUGUAUCUGCUGGAAUGACAGGGGGUUUGGCAUACAUUCUUGAUGAGGAUGAUACCCUCAUCCCCAAGGUAAAUAAGGAGAUUGUGAAAAUUCAGAGAGUAACUGCACCUGUAGGGCAGAUGCAGCUGAAGAACCUCAUAGAAGCCCAUGUUGAAAAAACUAGGAGCAACAAAGGCUCUGCCAUUCUGAAGGAUUGGGAAAAAUAUUUGCCUCUCUUCUGGCAGCUUGUUCCACCUAGUGAAGAAGACACACCAGAGGCCUGUGCAGAGUUCGAGCAAGCAGCAGCUGGACCGGUGACAUUGCAAUCUGCUUAGGACAAUAAUAUGAAUUGAGGCCAAGAUUUUCCAGUAGUGACUACUUCCUGCUCAGUUUGUUAAUCCUGAUGAGAGCAAAGGGGUUGGAUUUGAUUCGGCAAUGCCUGAUACAUGACUGUUGAGGAUCAGAAUACUCUUAUGUGAUCACAUGUACCUAAUUGUAGAAAUGAAAUGAAAAGCUUGUUAAUGGGGGGGGUUCAAGAAGCCAAUCUUCCUCAAAUGGCUCAUACUUCCAGUAGUAUGGCAAUUGUAAAAUAAUGCUGCUACACGAUUCCAACUGUAAAGUUUGGUGAGUGAAAAAGUUCUUGUCCAUGGCAAACAGUUGCUGGUUGUGACAAUAAUGGAGACCAUCCUGGAAUGAUGUAAAUACUUGUUACUGUUUAUAUAAUUUAAGCUCCAUAUCCGUAUCUUUCGAUAGAAA